AUGUACCUGCGCCAAGGGCCCCCCCUAGCGAUCUCUUCCUCCUCCGUUUCUCUGGAGAUUGCGAAGCAGCUGCAGGAGCAGCAGCAGCAGCAGCAGCACAGCAGCAGCAGCAGCAGCAGCGCCAGCGAUCGCUUCAACACCAGGCAGUCCCUCAAAUUCAUUCUUGAAGACAGCCGCACUGCAGCUCCGCAACGGCUCUCUUACAACCCAGCGUGCUCUUUUGCUAGCAGCAGCAGCAGCAGCAACAACAACAUUAUAUUUACUAAGGUGGUUCCUAGCAGGUACUCCUACGGCAGUGGGCUUUUUGAAGGAGCAGCGCAGCGACAGCAGCAGCAGCAGCAGCAACAGCAGCAAAAACAGCAGCAGCAACAGAAGCUGUUGCUGUUGCUGCAGGACCAACGAUUACAGAAAGCAACAUCGCAGCAGCUUACUUACGCGCGGCAGCAGCCAUUGCAACAGCGGCAGCACCAGCUGCAGCAGCAGCAGCAGCAGCAGCAGCAAAACACUCUUCAGUCUUCCCCCCUUUCAGAGGUACAACACAAGGUAUAUUCGUGCACGCAGCAGCAGCAGCAGCACUUCUAUUACACCCCAGAGCAUUCCAUACAACAGCAGCAGCAGCAGCUGCAGCAGCAGCAGCAGCAGCGUCAGCUACAGCAGCAACGGCAGCUGCAGCAGCAGCAUCAGCUACAGCAGCAGCAGCAGCAACAGCAACUGCAGCAGCAACAGCUGCAGCAACAACGGCAGCAGCUGAAGCAGCGGCAGCACAAACUUUCAGCACCCUCACUUCACCUGAGCCGCCAAGGAGCAGCUUCUAAAUCUCGCCAGUCUGUUGCUGCAGAAGCUACACAAGCUCACAAUCAGCAGCAGCAGCAGCAGCAGCAGCAAAUGGCUCCGUUUUCGACCCCAAACGCUGGCGUUUGUUUGCUCUCGAACGGGCCCUCUGCAGCCUCCAGGCAGCAGCAGCAACACAUGCAGAGGCAGCAGGAGCUGGAGCAGCACCUGCAGCAGCAGCAGCAGCAGCUGCUGCUUCAGCAUUCCCAGCACCUUCCCCAGCAGCAGCAGCGCAGGCAGCAGCAAUACGCAGCAGCAACAGCGGUGGCGCCAUGCGGGACGCAGCAGCAGCAGCAAAAACUCGCUGCAGCUUCCUGCAGCACCACCAAUAUCCAUAGCGCCUCAAGCAGCAGCAGCAGCAGUAGCAGCAGCAGCAGCAGCAGCAACAGCAGCAACAAAAUGAGACAGGCAACCAACUGGCUAGACCUCACCCUCAACAGCGCAUGCGCGCGCCGCCUGGCUCUCCGACAGUGUUUUUGUAGCGCUUCUAUUUCUGCAGAGGCUUUG